AUGACUACUCGUGGCGUCCCGAGUCCGACCUCGAUUCACUUCACCAUUGAUGGACGUCAUGGUAUCCUUGAGGUCAGAGAUAUUGCAGAGGCUCUACAUAUUCCUUUCGAGCCACUUGAUCCAUCUGCUUUCCGCCGGUGGUCUCCCCAGUAUCUCAGAAGGACAUGGUCCUUGGCGGGCUAUUUUGCACCUCCAGGAGCCCAUCUCAUGGUAGCACCUCCAAAGCCCCUGCAGACGGAGCAUGCACAAUCUACUCCAGUACCUACAACGCGGGGAGAGCUUCCGACAGAGACUAAACGACCUGCCCCUGCAUCACCUACUUCAGCACCACCAGUGCCCAUGCCUGAGGCUGUUUCUGCUGCUCCCCCUAUGACUCCUACUGUUCCAUCUGUUGCUCCUACUACAUCCAAGCCUUCCAUCACCAUCUCUGCUUUGAAGUUUCGCGGCCUUAUCCAGCAGCACCUGGGUCUUCUACUUCCACCUCAGCCUAACCUUCCUACAUCAUCAAAGCCUUUAGCUACAGCUAAGGAUACUAUUCCAGCUGAGGACACUACCACAGUAGAGGUCCAGAUCCCGCCACCUCAGGAGGCCACCACAGAUGCCAUUGCUUCAGUUGAUCCUCAGGAUAAGCCUCAGACAAUUGACACAGUCACAACUAUACCUGAGGAUGCAUCAUCUCCACCUGAGGCUCCCACUACUUGA